GCAAACUGCUUUACAUUCCAGUGAGGAGCUCUAAAAUCCCGAGGAUCCAAUUUCUCCGAGAAGCAUCUCGCUUCCACUUCGCAGAAACGAAGAGCUUCACCGAGUUGACUCGGAAGAAAAUGGUGUCGGAGUCGCAGGACGAGUUCAUGGCCGACGGCUCUGACCCGGGGCCCGGAGCAUCCAGGGGUCCCAGGCUGUUUAUCAGAGAAAUGGUCAUGAGGAACUUCAAGUCCUAUGCCGGCGAACAACGCGUCGGUCCUUUCCACAAGAGCUUUUCUGCAGUCGUUGGACCAAAUGGGAGUGGGAAAAGCAAUGUAAUAGACGCCAUGCUCUUUGUAUUUGGAAAGAGAGCUAAGCAGAUGCGACUUAACAAAGUAUCGGAGCUUAUUCACAACUCCACUAAUCACCAGAAUCUGGAUAAUGCUGGAGUUUCUGUUCAUUUCCAGGAGAUCAUUGAUUUGGAUGAUGGUACAUUUGAAGCUGUUCCAGGAAGUGAUUUUGUAAUUACUAGGGUAGCGUUUCGUGAUAACUCCUCCAAAUAUUAUAUUAAUGACCGCGCAAGCAAUUUCACGGAAGUUACCAAGAAAUUGAAAGGAAAAGGAGUUGACCUGGACAACAAUCGUUUUCUGAUUCUUCAGGGUGAAGUUGAGCAGAUUUCACUUAUGAAGCCAAAAGCUCAAGGAUCCCAUGAUGAAGGUUUUCUCGAAUACCUUGAAGACAUUAUCGGAACUAACAAAUAUGUUGAAAAGAUUGAUGAGUCGUUCAAAGAGUUAGAAUCCCUAAAUGAAAAAAGAUCCGGUGUGGUGCAAAUGGUCAAGUUGGCAGAGAAAGAAAGAGAUGGCUUGGAGGAUGUGAAGAAUGAAGCAGAAGCCUACAUGCUGAAAGAGUUGUCACUUUUGAAAUGGCAAGAGAAAGCCACAAAGUUGGCUCAUGAAGAUACCAGUGCAAAAAUGGUUGAUCUACAUGGAAAUAUGUCCACCUUAGAAGGCAAUCUAAAAACUGAAAGGGAGAAGAUCCAGGAAAGUAAUGAUGCAUUGAAGGAGCUGGAAUCUGUGCACAAUAAACACAUGAAACAACAAGAGGAACUUGAUAACAACCUCAGAAAAUGUAAGGAAGAAUUUAAGCAGUUUGAAAGGGAGGAUGUUAAAUAUCGGGAGGAUCUGAAGCAUGUGAAGCAGAAGAUCAAGAAACUCAAGGAUAAACUUGAAAAGGAUUCAGUAAAGAUUAAUGACAUUGAGAAGGAGUGUGAGGACUCAACUAAUCUGAUCCCUGAACUUGAGAAAAGUAUUCCAGAACUGCAAAAACUCUUGUUGGAUGAAGAGAAAGUCUUGGACGGAAUUGCAGAGAAUUCAAAAGUGGAAACUGAAAGAUACCGCUCUGAGCUUACAAAGGUUCGUGCUCAAUUAGAACCAUGGGAAAAGCAACUGAUUGAGCGCAAGGGGAAACUUGAAGUUGCAUCUACCGAACAGAAGCUUUUAAAUGAAAAGCACGAAGCUGGUCGUGCAGCUUUUGAAGAUGCUCAAAAGCAGAUGGCUGAUAUAUCAGGAAGUAUUGAAACAAAAAGCAUAGGCAUUGCAAAAGUUCAAAGUGAAAUAGAAAAGAGCAAGCUUGAAGGAAUUGAAGCUCGUAAAGAGGAACAGGAAUACAUUAGAGAACAGGAAGCUCUGAUUCCUUCUGAACAAGCUGCAAGACAGAAGGUUGCAGAACUUAAGUCGGUUUUAGAUUCUGAAAGGAAUCAAGGAACAGUUUUAAAAGCAAUAUUACAUGCUAAGGAGUCCAAUCGAAUACAGGGAAUACAUGGCCGGAUGGGUGAUUUAGGUGCUAUUGAUGCAAAAUAUGAUGUUGCCAUAUCAACAGCUUGCGCUGGACUUGAUUAUAUUGUGGUGGAAACAACUAGUGCAGCCCAAGCAUGUGUUGAGCUACUCCGAAGGGAGAAUCUUGGCGUUGCAACUUUCAUGAUAUUGGAAAAGCAAGGUGAUCUUUUACCAAAGCUGAAGGAGAAUGUAAACACUCCAGAAGGAGUUCCACGCCUUUUUGAUCUAAUUAGAGUUCAAGAUGAGAGAAUGAAGCUCGCAUUCUUUGCAGCUUUGGGAAACACAAUUGUAGCUAAAGACCUUGAUCAGGCAACACGUAUUGCAUAUGGCGGAAACAGAGAAUUUCGACGAGUGGUAACACUUGAUGGUUCUUUAUUCGAAAAAUCUGGUACUAUGAGUGGCGGAGGAAGUAAGCCACGUGGUGGAAAGAUGAGCACUUCUAUUCGUGCAACCAGUGUUUCAGGAGAAGCUGUUGCAAAUGCUGAGAAGGAGCUCGCAGCCAUGGUUGAUUCAUUAAAUACCAUCCGCCAAAAAAUUUCCGAUGCAGUGCGGAGGUAUCAAGCCUCAGAAAAAGCACUUGCACGCUUGGAGAUGGAAUUAGCUAAAAGUCAGAAACAGAUUGACAGUUUGAAUUCGCAACACAGUUAUCUUGAGAAACAAAUUGGUUCCCUGGAGGCUGCUUCACAGCCAAAGAAGGAUGAGCUUGAUCGCCUAGCUGAACUCAAGCAUCUUAUUUCUGUUGAAGAAAAGGAGAUUGAUAAACUCAUACAAGGUUCAAAGCAGCUGAAGGAGAAGGCCUCAGAACUCCAGAGUAAUAUAGAAAAUGCUGGUGGCGAAAGACUAAAAGCACAGAAGCUAAAGGUCAAUAAGAUUCAGUCUGAUAUUGAUAAAAACAAUACUGAGAUUAACCGCCGCAAAGUCCAGAUUGAGACUGGCCAGAAAACUAUAAAGAAGUUGACAAAGAUGAUUGAAGAAUCCAAGACUGAGAAAGAACGACUUGAUAAGGAGAAGGAAAACGUGUGUUCCAAAUUCAAAGAAAUAGAACAGAAGGCAUUUGUAGUUAAGGAGAACUACGAGGGAAUACAGAAGCUGAUUGAUGAACAUAAAGAUAUCUUGGGUCAAGCAAAAUCUGACUACAACAAAAUGAAAAGGACUGUGGAUGAACUGCGUGCAUCACAGGUUGACGCUGAUUUUAAAUUACAAGAUAUGAAGAAGCUAUACAAGGAGCUUGAGUUGAAGGGGAAGGGUUACAAGAAAAGGCUUGACGACUUGCAAACUUCCCUUAUAAAGCAUAUGGAACAAAUUCAGAAAGAUUUAGUGGAUCCUGAAAAGCUUCAAGCUACCUUGGCAGAUGAAAUUCUUAAUAACCCUUGUGACCUUAAAAGGGCACUUGAAAUGGUAGCACUAUUAGAAGCACAAUUGAAAGAGAUGAAUCCAAAUCUAGAUUCAAUCGCAGAGUAUCGGAGAAAGGUCUCAUUAUAUAAUGAACGAGUUGAGGAUCUUAACACUGUCACUCAACAGCGUGAUGAUAUAAAGAGGCAGUAUGAUGAAUGGAGAAAGAAGAGGCUGGAUGAAUUCAUGGCAGGAUUCAAUGCAAUCUCUUUGAAAUUAAAGGAAAUGUAUCAGAUGAUCACGCUGGGAGGUGAUGCAGAGCUUGAGCUAGUGGACUCCCUGGAUCCUUUCUCUGAAGGCGUUGUUUUCAGCGUCAGACCGCCAAAGAAGAGUUGGAAGAAUAUUGCGAAUUUAUCUGGUGGUGAAAAGACUUUGAGCUCAUUGGCUCUUAUUUUUGCCCUGCACCAUUACAAGCCUACCCCUCUUUAUGUGAUGGAUGAAAUCGAUGCUGCGCUAGACUUCAAGAAUGUCUCUAUCGUGGGGCAUUAUAUCAAGGACCGAACGAAGGAUGCACAGUUCGUCAUCAUAAGCCUUCGGAACAAUAUGUUUGAGUUGGCCGAUCGACUGGUUGGGAUAUACAAAACAGAUAACUGCACAAAGAGCAUCACUAUCAAUCCGGGGAGUUUCGUGGUAUGCGAAAAAGCUGCUUGACGGAGUUUGCAGAUCAACGUGCAUAGAGGUCAGGAAAUGGAUGGCUCAAUGCCGUGAUCGUUCCUUAGUAAUUAGCACGCGCUUGCAAUGCAUAUAGUAAACUAAUUUGUAUUUUGAGUAGUCGCUUAUGUAAAGCAAUUGGCAAUGCCCUGUGGCUUUUGGUAUUAACUGAUGUGUGGUUAGACAAGCAAAACCAUGAACUUGUAAUAUUAGACUUGAUGGGAGAAAUAACUUGGUAUUUGGACAAAAGUUUAGAAUUUAUAAAUUGACAUGCAUCAA